AUGUACAUGGUGUGGCUUAAAUAUAGAGGGUUUUUAAUUUCUGGUGUUGUAAUAUUGACUGUCUCUCACUUCCAGAAACCAGAUGUCUUGACUACUGGUGCUGGGAACCCAGUAGGGGAUAAGCUUAAUAUUCUGACAGUAGGGCCACGUGGACCUCUUCUUGUUCAAGAUGUUGUUUUCACUGAUGAGAUGGCUCAUUUUGACAGAGAGAGGAUUCCUGAAAGAGUUGUGCAUGCAAAAGGAGCAGGAGCCUUUGGCUAUUUUGAAGUCACACAUGAUAUUACCAAGUAUUGUAAGGCAAAAGUGUUUGAACACAUUGGAAAAAGAACUCCGAUUGCUAUACGAUUCUCCACUGUUGCUGGAGAAUCUGGGUCAGCUGAUACAGUUCGUGACCCUCGAGGCUUUGCAAUGAAAUUCUAUACAGAAGAGGGUAAUUGGGAUCUUGUGGGAAACAAUACUCCUAUCUUCUUUAUUCGGGAUGCAAUGUUGUUUCCAUCCUUCAUCCAUAGCCAAAAGAGGAACCCUCAGACUCAUUUGAAGGAUCCAGACAUGAUGUGGGACUUUUGGAGUCUUCGCCCUGAGUCUUUGCAUCAAGUGUCUUUCUUGUUCAGUGAUCGUGGUAUUCCUGAUGGCUAUCGCCAUAUGAAUGGAUAUGGAUCGCAUACUUUUAAACUGGUUAAUGCUAGUGGAAGAGCAGUCUAUUGCAAAUUCCAUGUGAAGACUGACCAGGGCAUCAAAAAUCUUUCUGUCGAAGAAGCAGGACGAUUGGCUUCUACUGAUCCUGAUUAUGGAAUACGUGAUCUCUACAAUGCCAUUGCCAAGGGGGACUAUCCAUCAUGGUCUUUCUACAUUCAAGUUAUGACAUUUGAAGAAGCAGAGAAGUUUCCAUUUAAUCCCUUUGAUUUAACUAAGAUUUGGCCGCAUGGUGACUACCCUCUCAUCCCUGUGGGAAAGCUUGUCUUGAACAGGAAUCCUGUCAAUUACUUUGUAGAGGUAGAACAGAUGGCGUAUGAUCCUAGCAACAUGCCGCCUGGUAUUGAACCUAGCCCUGAUAAAAUGCUGCAGGGUCGUCUCUUCUCAUAUCCUGACACUCAUAGACACCGUCUGGGACCUAACUAUCUACAAAUUCCUGUGAAUUGCCCCUUCAGAACUCGUGUGGCCAAUUACCAGAGGGAUGGACCAAUGUGCGUUUCUGACAACCAAGGUGGUGCCCCAAACUAUUAUCCAAAUAGUUUUACUGGUCCAGAAGAUCAGCCCAUGGUGAAGGAGAGCCGUAUGUCUGUUUCGGGAGAUGUGCAGCGCUUCAAUAGUGCAAAUGAAGAUAAUGUGACUCAGGUGCGAGAAUUCUAUACCAAAGUGCUGAAGGAGGAUGAACGCCAAAGGCUGUGUAAAAAUAUAGCUGAUCAUCUUAAAGAUGCCCAACUCUUCAUUCAGAAGAGAGCUGUGAAAAACUUCACUGAUGUUCAUCCUGACUAUGGUGCCCGUAUUCAGGUUUUGCUGGACAAAUACAAUGCUGAAAGUGGGAAAAAGGAUGUAAUUAGGACGUAUACACAGUCCACAUCUCGUGUGUCUGCCAAAGAAAGAUCCAACUUGUAAAGCGUGCUGCAGAGGUUUACUCUAUGAAUUUUCCGUCCUUAUAACUGCAGGACAACUUGUUGAAGAUGUUAAUGAAUGUAGCAGACUUCUGCACAAAUAUACAAGUGUUCUACAGGCUUGGUUUAGUAAGAUUUCAAGUGCCUGUAUCUGUAUUGGAAGCUAGGUAACACAAGCUAACAAUCCUAGUGCCUUUCAAUACUAGUGCUUUCCUGCUUGUUAACAACAUAUGGUGUUUUUAAGGAAAUACAUGAUUAAAAAUUGUCUUCAUUUCUAGAAGCAAACAGAAGCUUAAAAUACCAUUUGAUUUUUUUUAUUGUAAAACUUUCCUGGCUAAAUCACACACUAGAACUUCUAUAAUGAUACUGUGAUUAUCCUUAUGGAUAAACUUGUUCACGUUAGAAAUACUGAGCAACAUCAUCUUUUUAAUAAAAUAGUUAUCUGUAUGUAUUU